AACUUAACUUCAACGUUCGCUUUUUGCGCACACCCUCACGCACGCAAAAAAAAACAAAAGAACUCUCCAGAAUCUCAAUAAUCUUCUAUACAACUCUCUCUCUCUCUGCAUUUCUUUCCGAGUUUGGCACUAGGCUGUAGGAUCAUAUUUGUGACUUUGGUUUGUGGUUGGUACCAUGAUGGUUUCAAACAAAGUGUGUGAAAAUGGAGGUGAGCAUGUUGGGUUGCUGCCGGCAACUGACGAUGACCAUGGAGGGGUCAUUGUAGAUAUAGAGGAGGCCAUGGAUGCUAAGGUGUUUGUUACUUUGCUUAGAGAUUCAAUCUCCAAAUGGAGGCAACAGGGCAAGAAGGGCAUCUGGAUUAAAUUACCGAUUGGACUUGUAAAUCUUGUUGAACCUACAGUCAAGGAGGGAUUUCGGUACCACCAUGCCGAGCCAACUUACCUGAUGUUGGUUCGCUGGAUUCCUGAAACCACUGAUACUAUUCCUGCAAAUGCUUCACACCGAGUAGGUAUUGGUGCUAUUGUCUUGAAUGAUAAAAGAGAGUUGCUUGUAGUUCAGGAAAAAAGUGGUAAAUUGAAAGGAAUGGGUGUGUGGAAAAUCCCUACUGGGGUUGUUGAUGAGGGUGAGAAUAUUAAUGAGGCUGCUGUAAGAGAAGUAAAAGAAGAAACAGGAAUUGACGCAAAAUUUUUGGAGAUACUGGCAUUCAGGCAAUCACACAAGUUGUUCUUUCAGAAGUCGGAUCUAUUUUUCAUUUGCAUGAUGCAUCCUCUGUCCUCAGACAUAAAGAAGCAAGAUCUUGAAAUUGAGGCAGCCCAGUGGAUGCCGUUUGAGGAAUAUGCAGCCCAACCUGUUGCCCAGGAUCAUCAGCUUUAUAAGUACAUUGCUGAACUAUGCUUGGCAAAGGAACAGGGUGAAUACACUGGCUUAUCACCGGUGCCUAUAACUUCAAUUUUCCACAAGGAUUUGAGUUAUUUAUAUUUGAACAGCCAACAUCUGAACCAGUCCCCGGUUUCUUCUGAUCAAUCUUAGACAAGAAUACAAUUGAUAUUUGUUGUAUCAAUUCCCUAUCACUCUAUAAUGUUUGAUUAUGUGAAUGAAUAAAUAUUCCUCUUUGCUCCA